CAAAAUAUCAUUUGACACCAAAGUUUGAUAUCUUCUUGAAUUGAAACAACUAAUUAUUUGGCUAUCAUGUUUAAAAAUUUUACGAUUGCUUUUGUUUUGCUGAGCGCUUCACUCAUGCUGUCGUCUGCUAUGCCGUUUGGCUUUAACAACUUUCGGUCCUACCGUGGCGGAUAUGGAUUUGGUAAUAUUGGUGGUACUUAUAGUAAUUUUCCAGGAUUUGGAGGUGCUUAUUCGGCGUUCCCAGCCCAUGGUGGAAUAGCCCAUUCAUACAAUUCAGUAAACUAUCAUCGUCAUGUGACGCCAUAUUCAUAUCGUGGCAGAGGUUUCAGGAAUAAUAUCUUAAGUGGAUCAACUUUGCCAUCACUUGCUCUUGGAUUUUUAGUCGGAAAGGCAUUAUAACAAAUACCAAACCCAGUUACUGAAUAAACCAAAGACAGGGAAGGAGCUAACAAUUCAUAAACACGUUACAAUAAAUAAAUUUGGUGUAAUUACUGUCUUCUGAUUGGUUAAAACUAUAACUUUUGUUUUCAAUGUUGUAUAUGUUUAUGGCGACAGGCGCACUCUGACGUUGUGUAUCCAUACGCCAACAUGUGUGUACGUUGUAAUUGGUAAUAAUAAUAAUAUAAAAAGUUCUUUGAGACUUAUUUUUGAUAGAAAUUUAUUUAUAAUGAAUGGCAAUAAUUUAUUUUGAA